AUGAGAAUUACAGAGACCCUCUCCCUCGCCGCUCUGGCAGCAACAACCCUCCUCGGCGUCGUGGGCGCCCACGGAAACCCCACCACCGGCGAACUCGCCGCCAGAGACAUCCGCGAAAGUCGUGCCCGUCGCUCCCUCGCGCAGUGCUCCGAGAAGCUCCGUGCCAGAGACCGCCUGCACAAGAGGUCCUCGAAGAGGAAUGCCCUCGUGGAGCGCCACCUCUUGAAGAAGCGCCAGGUUGGCGGCGGAUCUAGGGGCGGGCAGGGUCAAAAUCAAGGUCAAGGUGGACAACAGCCAGGUGGUGGCCAGCAAGGCGGGAACAACGGUGGAAACCAAGGAAAUGCUCCGGGAGCACCCAGUAGUGUAGUUGGGGGAGCUCCAAUUGCAACUUCCACUGCACUUGGAGGAGCCCCAGUUGUGACUUCCACUGCGGAUGAGGCGCCGACUACAUUGACUUCAGCUGUUGAGGUCCCUACUACCGCUGCUGUUGCUACUAGCAGUGCCGCCGAUGCUGUCGGAACUUCACCAGCAAGCUUGUUCCCAGAGGUCCAGUGUGUGUUGACGCCCGAGUUGACUGUCGGGCCGUAUUACGUCUCCGGAGAGCUCAUCCGUGAGGACAUCAGAGAGGAUCAGUACGGAAUUGAGCUCCUCCUUGACGUCCAAUUUGUCGACGUCAACACCUGCGAAGUCCUGACUGACGCCUAUGUUGAUUUCUGGCACUGCAACACCACCGGUACCUACUCCGGCGUCUCAGCCGACAACACUCUAGGACUUACCUUCCUCCGUGGCAUCCAGCCUACCGACGAGGACGGCAUCACCCAGAUCAUCACUAACUUCCCCGGCUGGUACAGCGGGCGCGCCGUACACAUCCACGUCGCAGCCCACAUCAACGGCACCGCAGAGGCAAACAGCACAUACACCGGCGGCAGCACAUCCCACAUUGGCCAGAUCUUCUUCCCAGAGGAGAUCCUCGAGGUGAUGGAUACGCAGGACGUGUAUAACACUAACUCGGUCGUGCGCUUGACCAACGCCGAGGAUAUGUGGUUCCCGGAAGGGAAUACGACCGAGUAUAAUGCGGUGGCAGCGGUGGAGUACUUGGGCGAUGUGGUGACGGAUGGCCUGUUGGCGUAUAUUACGAUUGGUGUGGAUACGACUAUAGAUUAUACGGAGGAGUUGUUGUCCGGUGGGGGUGCGGGCGGUGCGGGCGGUGCGCCGGGAGGUAAUGGGACUUUCGCUGGUAAUGGGACGUUUGAGGGUAAUGGGACGGCACCGCCGAGUGGGGCGAUUCCGAGCGAGGCGGUUCCGACUGCGACGCUGGUUUAG